AUGGCAAAUGAAAUCUGGUCGAAGAUUCGGAAGCAGGUUCAAAAAACUCUAAUGAUAUUAGACGGAUUACGAGUACCGUUUAAGGCUAUUGAUAUCACUCUACGCGGUAAUGAGGAACAUAAGAAUUUUAUGCGCGAAAAUGCAAUUAAUAAACGAUGCUCAGGAGUUCCGUUACCACCCCAACGUAACUUUUCUGACUCAUCACCUGUAAAAUAUCCGGCAUCUAGUCCAUCGAACAGUCGCAUGUAUUUGUCGCUGUUCCAAGUAUUUCCAGUUAUUCAUUUGAGUUGUCAGUGCUUUCAGAAUUACAUAGACUUUGAAGAAGCUGUUGAAGACAAUUCAUUACCCCAAUUUUUGCGAUUAGUAGCCGAUGAUAAUGCAGAGAGCUCCGGGGAAAAAGCAAAUGAAAAUGAACAAGAAAAAGUUAGCAGUGAUAAUCAGGAAGACGAAGAUUAUGGGGACGAAUACAGUGAGGGCGAUGAGGGAGACAAUGAUGCAAGCGAGGCAGAAGUUGAAGAAGAAGUGAGUGAAGAAGAAGAUGAAGAAGUAGAGAAGGAACUUAAUUUAACAGACGACAUCUCAAAUUCGUUUGAAAGCACGGUAGAAAAAGAAGAGAAUGGCGACCUUGCCAUGAAAACAGAGAAUGAUGGGUACCCACACAGCAGUGAGGGCGGAGGGGAAAUCAAUGGCGAACGCAGUGUGUCAGAGGUAACUGAAGAAGAUUACAAUUCGACUAGUGAAGGUACUGAGAGAAAUGAAGUGGAUGAAGAAGACCAGUUAAAAGAUGUUGGAGGAACUAAUGCUGGCAAGGCUGAAGCUGAAAUUACAAAUCCGAACAAUUUCAUGACAAGUACUAUUGAAGAGAUAGAAGAAAAAACGAAUAGCCAUUUUUAA